AUGGCAUUGCCUUUUGCUUUACUGAUGGCCCUGGUGGUGCUCAGCUGCAAGUCAAGCUGCUCUCUGGGCUGUGAUCUGCCUGAGACCCACAGCCUGGAUAACAGAAGGACCAUGAUGCUCCUGAAACAAAUGAGCAGAAUCUCUCCUUCCUCCUGUCUGAUGGACAGACAUGACUUUGGAUUUCCCCAGCAGGAGUUUGAUGGCAACCAGUUCCAGAAGGCUCCAGCCAUCUCUGUCCUCCAUGAGCUGAUCCAGCAGACCUUCAACCUCUUUACCACAAAAGACUCAUCUGCUGCUUGGGAUGAGGACCUCCUAGACAAAUUCUGCACUGAACUCUACCAGCAGCUGAAUGACUUGGAAGCCUGUGUCAUGCAGCAGGAGAGGGUGGGAGAAACUCCCCUGAUGAAUGCGGACUCCACCUUGGCUGUGAAGAAAUACUUCCGAAGAAUCACUCUCUAUCUGACAGAGAAGAAAUACAGCCCUUGUGCCUGGGAGGUUGUCAGAGCAGAAAUCAUGAGAUCUUUCUCUUUAUCAACAAACUUGCAAGAAAGAUUAAGGAGGAAGGAAUAACACCUGGUCCAACAUGAAAACAAUUCUUAUUGACUCAUACACCAGCUCACACUUUCAUGAAUUCUGCCAUUUCAAAGACUCUCACUCCUGCUAUAACUAUGAUCAUGCUGAUAAAUUGAUUUAUCUAUUUAAAUAUUUAUUUAACUAUUUAUAAGAUUUAAAUUAUUUUUGUUCGUAUAACGUCAGGUGCACGUUUACACUGUGGCUAGUGUAAUAAAACAUUUUCCUUGUAUCUACUCAAUUCAUUAUUUUAUGUUGUUCAUUAAACUUUUACUAUAGGAACUUCUUGUAUGUGUUCAUCCUUUAACAUGAAAUUCUUAUCCUGA